AUGAGAAUAAUCCACUUAAAGCCUCCGCACUCAGACCCUGACCGCAACACGCCGGACAAACAGCCGCACGCCACUCACAUCUCCUUCAGAGAUCCCUCACACUCAGACAGCCGGUGGAGGUCCUGGGGGGAAGAGUCUGGAGGUGCUGGAGGUGAAGUUGCAGGUGUUGGAGGUGCUGGGGUGAAGGGUAGGGAGGUGAAGGUGCUGCAGGUGAGGGUCCUGGAGGUGAAGGUGCAGGAGGUAGAGGUGAAGAUGCUGGAGGUGGAGGUGCUGGAGGUGGAGGUGAAGGGUCCUGGGGUGGAGGUGCUGGAGGUGAAGGUGGAGGUGCUGAAGUUACUGGAGGUCCUGGGGUGGAGUCCUGAGGAGAGUGCGUCCAGCUCAGACAAGCUCCAGGAGUGUGAGGUUCUGUUGGAGCCGACGCUGGUUGGACCGAACCGAGCCGACGGACCCACAAAGCAGCAGUGUCUGGUGUCUGAGGAUGACGAUUGCACCACAGGGUCUGAGGUCACGGAGGACGAGGUCGGAGACGAAGAGGAGAUCAACAAGAAGCAAGCUGCGAAAAAGGCCAAAAAACCUCCACGACCGCUGAAGAAACAACUGUCCUCUCCAAACUUCAGCCGCAGAGAGAAGAACGACAAGGCUCCGGUCAAAGACAGCACCCCCUUCACAGUCAGCGUUCAGAAAAGCAAAUGGGACACGAGCCGAUCUCUGCGAUACAACCAGGACCUGCAGAGAGAGGAGGACCAGCGCAGGAUGACUGAGAUCAUCGAGCAUUUGACCCAGAUGAGGUUUGGAGACCAGGAGCCGAGAACGAGCAAAGAUCCACAAGAGUCAUCAGGAGGAAUCUACUCCAGACUCGAGGCUCAGUUCAGGAACACCAUCCAGAGACAGAACAACGACAAGAUGCCGAGAUCUAAAACUCGUUACGCUCAGAUCAAAUCCACCUGA